CCUGCCGUGGAAGGGUUGUAACCCUGUCGUGGGAGGGGGUGUAACCUUGCCGUGGGAGGGGUGUAACCCUGCCGUGGGAGGGGUGUCCACAGUGCAUGCGUGUGAUGGAGCCGUCGCUCGACGCGCUGCUGCGAUGGAGCGCAAUGCACAGUGGGGUAAUCAGCUUGCUGCCGGCUGCUGGCGUUCCUCGUGGCAACGACCUUUUAUCGGUAGACCAUCGCCCGCCGUCGACCACUUUUUGCCAAUGGAUCGUCCGACGAGUGUGGUUGGGGAGGGAGCGGUGCCAGCAGUUACCACGGCGGCACCGAGGCCGCGGUCCGGCGGCGAGAGCUGUGCUCCCAGCCAAGACUUCCCGAGGCAAACCCGAUCGCAUCACAUACCGCUACCCGCCAGCUCCUUUCAUCCGUUGCCUGACGGGUGGUAUGGUCUCAAGUGCUGCUGUUUACUGCCCCGGCUACCGGGCUGGCGUCCCCGAAGUAUCAGAGCCCCUCCCCCCUCUCCCCCACCCCUGCCCCAUAUCAUGAGGUGGUCCACCAGGCGCCAGGUUCUCUCGUGGGUCCAGGGUCUCCGUCCCGGCGACAGACCGCUGUGAGCCUGCGCCAGGCGCCUUGUCUUCCCAGUGGCCACACCCGGCUGACUGCCUUUUGCCCGCCCUCCUCUGGGCGACGCAUCACCUGUCCAGUACUGACGUCUGACUGAGGCCUCGCCUCUGCACUGCUCACAUGUCCGCGACUGCCCCGUCUCCACCAUGGCCGGUGUCCUGUCGUCGGCCCGUCUCGCCGGCACUGACGCGCGCGUCCGGUCCGCCCCCAGCCGGCGUGAAACCGCGCUCACUGUCGCCGGCGUACCACAUCGAGUACCGGCCGCACCGCGUGGAGGAGCGGGCCGGCUCGCCGGAGCCGGCCGAGCCGCCUGCGCUGGCCGUCGGAGGUGCCGUCGGACCGGCGCCCAUGACGCCGCGCAAGAUCAAGCGGCGCGCCAUGACACGCACCUCGCAGCGGUCCUCAGGCCGCAGCUCGCGCAGCAACCGGUCGCGCUCGAGCCAGCGGACCCGGCGCCACCCGAACCCGGUGACGCAGCUGCUGGACUCGUCGUCGAGCGAGCUGGCGCCCGACCGCGGCCACACGAACCCCGGCUUCCUAGCGUCGGAGCGGCCGGCCGGGCCGCCGCGGCCGCCGUCCGUCCACUCGAGCUACUCCAACUACCACGGCCAGCGGCGGCCGGCGCCGGCCGUGGCCUCCGACUACGGCACGACGGGCACGCUGAGCGCCGCCGGCGACCGGCGGCCCGGCGGCCAGGCGCCGCCGCUGCCGCGCUACGGCGAACACGCCGACUACGGCGGCUACGGCCGCGCCGGGCCGCCGCCCUACGAGGCCGUGCCCAGUCUGACUGAGACGUCCAUGUGAGGGCGCCGCCGAGCGCCGAAGCUGGCUGGAGCCCACGCGCGGGCAUCCACGUACGGCCGGAGGUGACCUCGCGCCUAGACGGCGACGCGAUGCGGCGCGAGGCCGGCAAAGCGUGUGGCACCUGCUGCGGCGGGAGGGGCGGACGCGAGAACGUCACCUGCGGACGGCGCCUGCGGACGGCGCCGCGCAGAGGUGUGCCACUGAUGUCGCGCGCCGCCCCAGUGAUGUCAGGGCGGGCGUCAGCCGCGUCUGCCAGCGGCGGCGCGGUGUGAGGCCGCCGCCUGUGUGAGCUGCCGUGGCUGUGUGUGGUGCGGCCAACAGCAGAGAUAUCCGCCGUCCCCGGCAGAUGGAGCUCCUCCGACAAUGACGAGUGUUUACCUGGUCGGUUUCUACCUGCUGGGCCUCCUCAGUACUUGCCCUGUUGCCAUGGUCACGGGAUCAGCGGGGGUAUGUGUCUUGUUAGCCAUGCCCGUCUGGAAGCAGCUUUCUCCAAGACCCAUGGUGAACGCGCGUUAUCGCCUCGUGCUGUGCCCCUGUGUUCCGUUGUAGUCUUCCUAGCAGCAUUGAUCACCUCUCGUGCAGUGCUCGCCGCGCCUGCCAGAAAGAGCGCGGCCUCGGCGCGCUUUCCAUCGCGCCGGCUUCGAUCAUCCCCAAAGAUGGCGGCGGCCACAAUCGGUCCCGGGGCGGCCAUGUUGGCGCCGCCGCCGCCCGUUCACUGCCGACCUGCCCGCCGCUGGCCGGCCUGCGCCAGCCGGGCCGCUCAAGUGCCGAUGACAAUCAGGAACGCUAAGACACGGCCGCCUGUUGGCCGGCGCGCCACCCCAGUGCCUUCUGAUGAUGAUGAUCUCCCUCCCCGCACCGUCCGCCGCCCGUCCGUCCACGCGCCGCUUGAGGGUGCGCCUGCGGGAGGAGCCGGCCGAGCUGUGUACACAGGCACGGCCUGCGAGCUGCCCGCGAGUCCGAGUUCAGAGACGCGCGGUAGCGACUGAACGGCGUAUGGACUGGAUUAACUGUGGCAGCUUUGCGUGCGUGGUCUUCUCACGUUUUGACGUGCUUUUUUAGCGGUAGGCUCGUAACGAAAUGUGUUCUGUCGUCCUUCAGAUGUUGAACUUUGCAAGCGGACGUAGCUGUAAGCAUAUUUUGUAAUCAUGUAUUGCUCGCUCGGACUGUUUUGUAGUGAUGCUCCAUAUGAAUCACAUCUACAUCCUGUAUAUUUAAUCACAGGGGCUCAAUACACCCGAACCGUGAGUGCA